CUUGGGCGGAGCCGCUGUUCAUUGAGCCGGCGACCCGCGCCGGCCACUCCCAGAGGAAGGUUCACUCGCGCUCUCGCUCCCCAUCACAACAACAACAACAGCAGCAGCAGCAGUCACCAUGCCUUGCCGAGAGUCUUACGAGCCCUUCAAGGCGCCCGUGACGGGAGAUCGCGCACCAUCGCAGGAGAUGGACGAGCUGGUGCGUCGCCUCGGCGAGACUCUGCGGCUCAAGGCGGUCCGGACGGGCCGGAGGAGCCUCGGUCGCCGGCCAUCCCCCUACUGCGUCCCGUCAAAGGCACCCGCGGGGUCUGGGGCCGCCGGCGCGACCGGGCGCGGCGCUGCGAGAGGGCCGGCCGGUGCCGGUGGCGCGAGGAGGCGAAAGGGUGGACGAGACGGGGAGAACGGGGGUGGUGAGGAGGAUGACGAGGAGGAGGUGCUGGAUGACCCGCGGGAGAUGCUGCGGGAGUUGCUGUUGAGCGGCAACCUCAUCAAGGAGGCGGUGAGGCGCCUCCGCACGGGGCCGUGCUGCUGCGCCGACUCGUGAUGUACAGCCGCCACGAUGGGGAAGCGCGAGGGGAACUUGAUGCGCAAGACGAGAACCGCCUCGUCCUGCAAGUCGCCUGACCUUCAAUCUUGUGGGAAGAGUGACCCCCCCCUUGACCUUGCUGGAAUGGCGUGACCCCUGACCUUGCGGACUGCGACUCCUGCUACAUCUGCAGUGAUGGCGAGGGGGCGGCAUGAUUGGUGGGGCAGGAGGCGAAGGGUGCACGCGUCACCACCAGGGAAGGCGGUGACGGCGCCCUGCGGUUCCGAACAUUUCAACAAUUACAUGCGGAGACUUUUUUUUUAAACCAGCGAUUUGAAGAAGAUGAUAAAGGAGAAAAGCUCUCGUCGUGAACUCUGCUGUUCUGUCGGAGGGCGGCCAAGUGACCUUUCUGAGCGAGACUUGACCCCCCGACGUCGAAACUAAAGCGUGUUGUACGGCAGCCCGAGGCUCGCACGACACCGUUGUCGCUCGCGUGUGGACAGAGUUUGGACGCGCCCCUUUCCCGCUCCGCCGUUGAGCCGGGGCUGUGCCGAGCCAGCCCGGCAUGGCCCGGGAUCCGCCGGGUGGUUUUUCCACUGCAGAAGCCGAGCCAUGCCGACGAGUCGCGGGGUAGAUGGCGGUGCUGCGUUCGACCCCGUACUGACGCACAUCUCGCGCACAUCUCGCGCACAUCUCGCGCACAUCUCGCGCACAUCUCGCGCACAUCUCGCGCACAUCUCGCGCACAUCUCGCGCACAUCUCACGCACAUCUCACGCACAUCUCACGCACAUCGCAACAAACGUACCAUUAUCCCCGCCCCCUGGCCCUACUGGGCCCCGAGUGGGAAGCCUUGUGAUUAGGAAAGCCCGCGCAUAGUCUGGCCAUGACUGGGCUCUAAAUAACCAGCGGGGAGCAAAAACUACCCCGCGCUGGCGUCGCUCUUUGGCAGUGGACAAGGGGUCUGAUCAGCUGGUGAGGCUGCCAGCCCUAGAGCCGUGCACUACUGGAGCUGUGGUGGGGGGGAGUGGUCGGUCUGGUGGAGAGCGUCUUGAACCGUCUCGCUCCGUCGUGCCGAGGCGAUGCGACGGGACGGCAAGAACCCGAGGUUUGUGGUGAUCUCGUGGUUAAUUUUCAAAAUUGGUUGACUUCACGACAUCGAUACUAGCUUUCUCCUCCCCCCCACCCCAUCGUGAACGUCACGACAAUUCGGGGCGGCUCAUGAUUCAAUGGAGUUUUUUUUAUUACAUUGCGGUGUUAUAGCGCCUCUAGUGGCUGCUACAAUGACGUGUACGAAUCUAAAAUAAUGUAAUACAGUUUCUCGCGCUCACGCAUCAAUUGUGAUAGGAGAAAUACAGGUUCUCCCCAACGAUCGCCGAGUUAAUUGUAAUUAAAUUGCGACGGAAGCACCCCCCCACCCCGCGGGGGCUACGUGGUGGUGGUGGCUGCUAAAGCAUUGGCACGAGGGAGCCGCGAGCCCGGCACUCCGCUCCCACGUGCAGUUUUCAAAGGCGUUCUCUUUGUGUGUGUGCGCGUGUGACUGAGAACAAAAGUUGCACAGUCUAAAGGCAUUGUUGUGUGUGUGUGGCUGUACAAGUACAAUUCUUAAUGUGUGUAUGAAGCUGGGUGUGACACUUUGUGCGGCUGUGUGUGUGAUAGGCUCACAAACACAGACGUGCGAGCGCGCAGUGUGACCCGAUUUCGAUUCCUGGCGGCAGCGCAUCGGCGGACACCCUUGCCUUGAACCGUGUCGAGCCUUCCGGAGGUGCACCUGGACUAGAAUGCCACCAGUGCUGGGGCAGACGAGGGUGGCAGGACGCCACCGUCCCCCUUAACCGAACUUUCUGUCCUCAAAUAAGUGCUCGCCAACAGCACUAGCACCAGCAGCUUGACUUGGGGUCGUUGGGGAUGUGUGUGUGUGCGCAAUAGAUUUACGAAUUACGAUUCUUUCCUCCGUAUUGAUUGCUAUUGCAGUCGCUUUUAGAGAUUAUUUAAAUGACCUGUACAUUUUAACACAUUUUUACCCGUGCAGGUUUUUAGCAAGGGAGAGGUUUAUGUAGCUUGUUGGACACACAGGCUUGGGGCAGGGGUGGUGGGGUAUUGUGGGCCUGUGAAUUCUUUAAUAAAAAAUUAAUUUAAAAAAAUCGAGCGCAAAACUGGGAGGAAGAAUAGAACCACUCAGGUCUUGUUUACAUUGAGUCGCUGGGUGCCGCACUCCUACAAGGUCACUCGCACAGGUGUCUGUAGGCCGGUGUGCUGCCGACGACCUCCACGCGUGUGGUCCUGUAAGUGUGCCCCACCUAUACGUUUGUCGCCUGUAUAGGUGUGUGCGCGCGCCUGUACGGUUUGUGCUACCUGUAAUGGUUUUGUUCCUGUGAGGUGUGUGUAUUCCUCUCGUGUAUGUAUGUUGCCUGAUAGGGGUGUGCUCACCGCCUGUCGUGGUGGUGUGUGUGCUGCCUGUAGGUGUGUUUGUGUUUUUUCCUGAUGUUCAGGGCUCGUUAAUGGGUGUGGCGUGCUAUUGUCAGCCGUCCGUCUGUGUUUCUUGUACAUUUUCUCAGGAAAAUAAAACUGUUUCAUGUUGA